GUCAGAGAGUAGUGCGGUGCGCAUGCGCAGUGCGUGCGGGGUUUGGUUUGUGUUUACAGCAGUACUGUUGCUGGCUAAUGGUGAGCGCUGUUAUGUCAAGCAUCUCUGGAAUUAAACGCUUUUGUGGAAACAGGUAAUUUUGCUCAUUAAAUGCCAUUCAUGAGCGCGUCUGGGUUGGUUUAGCAGUCAUGGAUGACAAGACCUCGGUGGGGAAAAUUAGCGUUUCAUCCGACUCUGUGUCAACCCUCAACAGUGAGGACUUUGUCCUGGUGUCCCGACUUGGGGACGAGACCCCAACCACUAAUAACGGUAGCGAUGAUGAAAAGACAGGACUGAAGGUGAUUUCUGAGGAAGGGGUCAGCUUUAAGAUUGUGGGUAACGGCAGUGAGCAGCAAUUACAGCAGGAGCUGGAGGAUGUGCUGAUGGACCCGUCCAUGACUGAGCUGGAGGCAGAAACCGACCCACUGGGUGCGGGAAGCCAUGGCUACCCCACCUCUGCCGCUCCACCACGGCCCUGCCAGACACCCCCUAAACUCGACAUGAUGUUGCCUGUUAAAGGAGCUCAGGAGAGCGAACUCAAUGAGAGAUCUUACAGGGAUGAGCCUGCUGAGUUAAGUCCCGGGACUCCUGUCCCAGACGAGGACAGCGUUGUGUUCAGCAAACUGACGUAUUUAGGCUGUGCGUCAGUGAACGCCCCGCGCAGCGAGGUUGAGGCCUUGCGUAUGGUCAGCAUCCUCCGCAGCCAGUGCCAGAUGCCCUUGGAUGUCACCCUCUCUGUGCCGGGGGUCUCAGAGGGAACCGUCAGGUUGCUGGACCCUCAGACCAGCACUGAGAUUGCCAACUAUCCCAUUUACAAGAUCCUAUUCUGUGUUCGCGGCCAUGACGGGACACCGGAGAGCGACUGCUUUGCCUUUACUGAAAGCCACUACAACGCCGAGAUCUUCCGUAUCCACGUCUUCCGUUGUGAGAUUCAAGAAGCGGUCAGCCGAAUACUCUACAGCUUUGCCACAGCCUUUCGAAGAUCAGCCAAUAAAGCGCCACUCACAACCAAGGCCCCACCUGUUACACCAGACAGUGAUGUUUUCACCUUCACCGUCAGUCUGGAAAUCAAAGAGGAUGAUGGGAAGGGUACAUUUAGUGCUGUUUCAAAGGACAAAGACAGGCAGAGCUUUAAACUGCGACCAGGCAUGGACAAGAAGAUUGUGAUAUACGUCCAACAGACAUCUAAUAAAGAGCUGGCUAUUGAGAGAUGUUUUGGACUGCUUUUGAGCCCAGGGAAGAAUGUCAAGAACAGUGAUAUGCACCUGCUUGACCUGGAAUCAAUGGGCAAAAGUUCAGAUGGCAAGUCUUAUAUCAUCACAGGAAGCUGGAAUCCCAACACGCCGCAGUUUCAGGCGGUGAAUGAGGAGACACCCAAAGAUAAGUUUAUGUAUAUGACAACGGCUGUGGAUCUGGUGAUCACUGAGGUGGAGGAGCCUGUGAGGUUUCUGCUGGAGACACGGGUUCGAGUUUGCUCGCCCAACGAGAGGCUCUUUUGGCCCUUCAGCAAACGCAGUUACACUGAAACCUUCUAUCUCAAACUCAGUCAGAUUGAGAACAAAGAGAGGAAAAGUAACUCAGACACGCUGUAUGAAGUGGUGAGUUUGGAGAACGAGACCGAAAGAGAAAGGAAGAAGACCACAGUGAGCCCCGGCAACUUAUCAUCCGGCUCUCAUGGCUCUAUGGUGCCCUCCCCACCUGAAGAUGAUGAGGAGGAAGAUAAUGAUGAGCCCUUACUAAGCGGAUCUGGAGAUGUGUCCAAAGAAUGUGGUGAAAAAAUUCUGGAAACUUGGGGAGAUUUACUGUCCAAAUGGCACUUGAACUUGGCUGUGCGACCCAAGCAGCUCCCGGCAUUGGUCCGCAGUGGCGUCCCAGAGGCCUUGAGAGGGGAGGUGUGGCAACUUCUGGCCGGAUGUCAUAACAAUGACCAUCUGGUGGAGGAAUAUCGCACGCUUAUCACUAAGGAAUCUCCACAAGACAGUGCCAUCACUCGUGACAUUAACCGGACGUUUCCUGCGCACGACUACUUUAAAGACACAGGAGGUGAUGGGCAGGAUUCCCUCUAUAAGAUCUGUAAGGCAUAUUCUGUUUAUGAUGAAGAAAUUGGUUACUGUCAGGGACAGUCUUUUCUUGCCGCUGUGCUGCUAUUACACAUGCCAGAGGAGCAGGCGUUCAGUGUGCUGGUGAAGAUCAUGUUUGAAUAUGGUCUCAGGGAUCUCUUCAAACAGAACUUUGAAGACCUGCACUGCAAGUUCUUUCAGCUGGAGAGACUCAUGCAGGAAUACAUUCCAGACCUGUACGGACACUUUUUGAAUCUGGGUUUGGAAGCGCACAUGUACGCCUCACAGUGGUUCCUCACGCUUUUCACCGCCAAGUUUCCCCUCUACAUGGUUUUUCAUAUCAUAGACCUACUGCUGUGUGAGGGCAUCAGCGUAAUCUUCAACGUGGCUCUUGCAUUACUAAAGACGUCAAAAGAUGACCUGUUACAGACGGACUUUGAGGGUGCGCUGAAGUUUUUUCGAGUGCCUGUGCCCAAACGCUAUCGCUCAGAGGAAAACGCCAAGAAACUCAUGGAGCUGGCUUGUAGUAUGAAGAUCAGUCAGAAGAAGUUAAAGAAGUAUGAGAAGGAAUAUCACACUAUUCGAGAGCAGCAGGAACAGCAGGAGGCGCCGAUCGACAGAUACGAGAGGGAGAACCGGCGGUUACAGGAAGCUAACAUGCGUCUGGAACAGGAAAAUGACGACCUGGCGCACGAACUGGUCAGCAGUAAAAUCGCGUUGAGAAAAGAUUUGGACAAUGCGGAAGAGAAAGCUGACGCUCUCAACAAAGAGCUUUUAAUCACCAAACAGAAACUUGUGGACUCUGAGGAUGAGAAGAGACGGUUGGAGGAAGAGUCUGCGCAGCUGAAGGAGAUGUGUCGGAGAGAACUGGACAAAUCCGAGUCUGAGAUCAAGAAGAACGGAUCUAUCAUUGGAGAAUACAAACAGAUCUGCUCUCAGCUCAGUGAGCGGCUGGAGAAACAGCAGACGGCGAACAGAGGAGAACUGGAGAAGAUCCGGGUAAAGGUGGAGGGCUGUGAGAAAUGCAGCAAUCUGUUCAGUAAGGAGGGCCGGCUGAAGGUGCUGAGCACUCCUAAGGAGGGCAGCGAGGAGGACACAGAUGAGGAGAAGGAGGCGUUGAAGAACCAGCUGAGAGAGAUGGAGCUGGAGCUCGCUCAGACCAAACUACAGCUGGUGGAGGCCGAAUGCAAGAUCCAGGACCUGGAGCACCAUCUCGGCCUGGCUCUGAACGAAGUCCAAGCAGCCAAAAAGACGUGGUUCAACCGGACGUUAACCUCCAUCAAGACCGUUACGGGAGCUCAAGGCAAAGAUGGCGUGUAACAGGACCACAUUCAGAGACAAAACACUCCACUUCUUCUGUCUCUACAUCUCAUGUCCAGCACUGUUACCUCCUGAUGCUGAACAGAGAGCGAACAAUGUGGUCUUUCUCUUCCGUUUUUCCUUUUAUAAAAAAGACUUUAUUUCUAGGGUAACAAAAACCCUGACUGAAACACAUGUAUUUACUGAAAGAAACAAGACUUUAACGCUAGUCUUUCUACUACUGAUAUUAAAUAAAAGACCGGGGAGGGGGUGUAGCUGACUGAGCUGUCUUCUGACGGACUUUAACAUUUCAUCUACAGUCCUAUUUGAGAUUUUCUUGCACAAAAGUCUAAUUAAACAUACAUAAGGUACGACCUGAAUGAAAAAAUAGUUUCAACCUUAACUUUUACGUAACACAGGACUGCUUUAUUUGCGAGGUGAUAGCAUGUGUGACUGAAACGUUCUGCUUUUAUUGUACAAAGCGUGUGUCUGUGUCUAAUGAUGUUGGUUCCUGAGGAAGACUAAAAACAGGAAGUGGACAGGUAGCACACUGUACAUAGAUUGUACAGAAAACUUUCCCGUUUCCUCCUCUGACCACUAGCUGGCGCCUUUCUGAUAUUAUUAUGUAAACAAGUUAAUGGUGUGUGUAUAUGAAUACCGAACAAUGGGAGACAGAGGACAGCUUGUGUAACUUUGCAUCAUGGGUGAGAGGAAAGACUCUCUUAAGCACUUAUGCAUCGAGCUCACGCUCUGAUCGGCAAGCACAUUGAGAGGUAAAGGAAGAGCUCAACUUUCGGCAGUCACUGUGUGCACAUUAGUGCGUGCGUGUGUGUUUGUGUGAGAAACGUGUGUGUGUGAAGUAUAUUUUGCGAGGAAGGUCUUUGCACCUUACAGACAUAUUUAUAUUGAUAUUUGGCUUGCUAGAGUUACUGUUGUUUUGUUAAAUAAAAGGGCCCUUGUGUGCUAUGAAGAUAAUUAUGGCCGUUCUAAGAGGCACUGGGUUGUAAAAUAAGCUUUUUUUUGUUAAUUUUAUAUUUUAACUCUACUACUUGGUAACUGUACUAAUGUUGCAAGAUUAUUCAUAUUUUGCUUUUGUCUGACAUUUUAAACUGCUGUCUCAUUAUUACAUGCCAAAUGUACCUUGAUCGAGCAUUACAUUUGUGUGACCAUGGUAAUAGUGUAGGUUGCAUUGUGUACCUCCAUGAAUUUAAAUAUAAACCUCUGAACACA